AUGCCGCGCCCCUCCAAGAAGAGCGCCGACGAAAGGAACAAGGCGCCCGCCACGCUGCCCACUCAGGUCAUGAUGCCUCACGCCGCUAUGCCCCAGGGCAUCCCUGGCAUGCCUCAGCAGCUUCCUCAGCACCACCAGCAGCACCAUCAGCAGAGGCCCGGUGUCCCUCAGCAGCAGCAGCAGCAGAUGGCUCAGCAGCAGCCUCCCCAGGUCCAGAUGCCUCAUCAGCAGCCUCCGCCUCCCGUCGGUGUUCCUACCAUGCCUCAUCCUGGACGCGUCGUGGAUAGCGAGAGCUUUCUGACGGUGCGCGAUUCGGCCGUCAAUCGCCUCGCCGCCAUCCUCGAGCUCCUUCGUUCCUUCACCACCGACUACAUCAGGCAGACUAACCUCCUGCUGGGUGAGCCCACCGCCGAGGGAACCCACGGCGACCUGCUAUCCAACUUUGAAAAUGCCGCCGCCCAGCUCAUCAACCCCAUGGCCGACCUCGGCCCUCCCGUCGAGGAGAAGAAGGAGCGCAAGAAGCGCACCCACGACCCCAAUGCUCCCAAGAGGCCUCUCACCCCCUAUUUCCUGUACAUGCAGCAUGCUCGCUCCAUCAUUGCCAACGACCUUGGGCCCGAGGCCCCCAAGGGUGCGGUCCAGGAGGAGGGCCAGAGGCGAUGGGCGUCGAUGAACCCCGACGAGAAGAUGGGCUGGAACCACGCCUACCAGUACAACCUCCGCCUGUACAAUGCCCGCGUGCACUCGUACAAGAGCGGAAACCCCGACGCGAAGAACAUGCCCGACGACGAGGCCAUGCGCUACGCCGAGGAGAACGACGUGCCCCUCCCCCGUCUCAAGGAGGAGCAGAACUCGUCUCAUGCCGCCGCCGCCGCCGCCGCCGCCGCAGACGAGCAGGACGCCAUCGCUCAGCAGCUCCAGCAGGUCGCGCAGGCACCCAUGCCCACGCUCGCCGACGAGCUCGCCGCCGGCCCGGACCCUUCCAAAACCCCAAAGAAGAACGCCCCCGGCCGCAAGCGCAAGACGGGCGAGAUCGACCCUGCGGCCGCUGUCUUGGGGAGCACCAUGUCCCCUGCCGGCGCCCCCUCCAGCCCUGACAAGAAGCGUCGUCGCGCCUCGGGGAAGCCCGUCCAGGAUAUCGAGGAGCCUAAGAAGUCGGGCCGCAAGAAGACUAAGAAUUGA